UAGUUGCUCAGCUCCAUAUGGUUCUUGAAUUCCUUCAUUCAUUUGUUGAGAUCGAUCGAGGUGGAGUCAUACGAUGAUGUCAUCCUCCUCUUCAUCAAUCUCCACAAACACCACCUUCUUCAUAAUCAUAACCACCACCAAUGGCAGCCGCCGCCGCCGCCAAUCUCAUAAUUAUUAUAAUUAUUGCAUCUCUGCAGCAGCAGCAGCUGGAGAAGAAGAAGGUCGUCUAUCCAAUUCUAGGUCAAUCAAAUUCAAAUCCCCAAUUCUUCACCACAACCAACAAACCAUAUCUAUAUCUUCACCUUCAUCUUCUUGGAAUCGACCAAAGGCUUCUUCUUCCUCGUCGCCUCAGGAACCUUCUCCAAAGUCUCCAUGGCAAAAAUGGCUUUUGGGCAUAGUGCUAACCGUUGUUCUACCGGCUGCCGGUCAUAAAGGAGGACUUAUAUUAGCCCUUAAAGAAAGAAUCGACCAAGUAAUAGCGACGGUGGAUAAUGUGACGGAAAUAGUGGAGGAGAUAGCCGAGGAGGCGGACAAACUGGUGGCCGAGGUGGAGGAGAAGCUUCCGGAAGAUUCCAAGCUCAAGAAAACAUUGGAGUCAUUUGACGAUCUCACUAAAGUUGCCGUCAAAGAAGCGAGAAAGGCCGAAGAUCUUGUCCAUAAGGUAAAAGAGACAGAAGAACAGAUUGCAGCAGUUCUCAUGGACAACAAUAAAGAUAAAUCACAAAACUAAAUAUUAUUAUUAUUAUUAUUAUUAUUUCUUGUGUCUUGUUGUAUGACAUUCCUACUUCCUUGAUUACAUUUAAAUAAAUGUUUCUUGACAUAUAACUCCUUAAUGUUGUAUUAAUAUGAUUUUAAUAAUAUAUAUUUUUAAUUCAAUAA